GACUUACGUAGACGUUGAACACACACGUGGAAGCCAAUUGGAGAGCCAAGUCUUGGCCAAGUCUUUAUAAGUAGGAGCCAUCCGCGUCCUCAGGACUUACUCCCUCUCGAGAACGUGGCACGAUCGGCAACCGAUUUCCAGAAUAGUUCCUGAAAACGUCUCGCGAACUCGUCUCCACGUUCGACAAGGUGCUUCAAAUUUUCAAUUAACCGCGAGAUGACGAGGAUCUGUUCGAAUUAAAGAGGACUCUUCGGUUCGUCGUUGAUCCCGUGCACAGACCAGAUAAACUGGUGCCAUGUGGAUAUGCCUGCAGACAUUAGGCCUGCUGAUAGCAGCGAUUUUAUCAGCGUCGGGAGAAAAUGACUCGUAUCAUAUCUUCCAUGCGCAAAAAGGACGAGGAAACGAUGCUUUCGUGUGUACGGAGGAAGGAUAUCAUCCUGAUCCUCACGACUGUAGGGUGUACUACAGAUGCGUCGAUUGGGGCAACGAUAGUCCUCUGACAAAGUUCGAAUUCGAGUGCGGUGUUGGGACGGUGUUCUCCAAGGAUAAAGGUGACAUUUGCACUCAUCCAAACGACAGCGGUCGACCGGAGUGUGGAGGGAAUGAGAACGAGAUCGAUUCGAAUGAAUCUACCGUGUCGCAUGUAUCUUCCACUCAAUGGCCGACGACACCAGUUAGCGAAACCAGCCGCACGACCGCGAUACCAACGACUACGAUUCAUAUUACGACCCCAACUGGACCACCGCAAACGUCUUACCAAACGGCUACCAGUAGUCCAUCGACGACCAGUCGGCCUCCGGUAACCAGCGGUUCAUGGGAGAACGAUGUUGACCAAGGUCAGAAUCAGUGCACUCGGGAAGGAUUUAUGUCCGAUCCGAACGACUGCAGAAAAUUCUACAGAUGCGUCGAGGAGGGCAACGGCAAGUUCGUUAAGUACGAAUUCUCGUGCGGGGUUGAAACUGUUUGGGAUCCAGAAAUUCAAGGGUGCAAUCAUCCUUGGGCGGUAACGCGCGAAGAUUGUAGGCAAGGUUCGGGGACUGGUGCCGAUAAUGGUGGACAAUGGAACGGAGAUAACGGCGGACAAUGGAACGGAGAUACGGGAGAUAAUGGAGGACAAUGGAAUGGUGAUAUCGGAGAUAAUGACGGACAAUGGAACGGUGAUACGGGCAGUCCCGGACAGCCUGGAGACCCUAAUGGUCAACCGGGACAACCGGGUCAAGCUGGUGAUCCUAGCGGACAGCCUGGUUCUCCUGGAUCUCAAGGUACCCCUGGUACACCUGGAACUCCUGGAACUACUGGCACUUCUGGAACACCUGGCACGCCCGAAGCUCCUAUCCCUCCUCCCGGAUCGCCUGGUACUGAUGGAACAUCUGGAACUGUUGGCUAUCCUGGACCAGGAGAACCGGGUGUUCCUGGCAUUCCGGGCCCUCCUGGAACCCCUGGUAUACCUGGAACAUCUGCCCAUCCUGGCACUGCUGGGACCCCUGGUACUCCUGGUACACCGGGUACUCCUGGUACACCUGGCACUCCUGGUUUGCCUAACGUUGCAGGAAUCCCUGGAAUACAAGGAAUACCUGGUAUUAAUGGCAUUAAUGGUGUUCCUGGAGUCCCUGCUCCUGUUGGUAAUCCUGGAAACCCUGGUACUCCUGGCACUCCGGGCCUUCCUGGGACCCCUGGUACACCUGGAAGACCUACCCAUCCUGGCAGUCCUGGGUCCCCUGGUACUCCCGGUACACCGGGCACUCCUGGUACCCCUGGCACUCCUGGUUUGCCUAAUUACGUUCCAGGAACCCCUGGUAGACCAGGAAUAACGGGUACUCCCGGUACACCGGGUACUCCCGGAACCCCUGGCAUUUCUGGAAAACCUGGCACUCCAGAAUCUCCUGGCACGCCCGAAGCUCCUAUCCCUCCUCCCGGAUCAUCUGGCACACCAGGAAAACCUGGUAUUCCUGGCACUCCGGGCGUUCCUGGAACACCUGGUACACCUGGAGUACCUGCCCAUCCUGGCACUCAUGGAACCCCUGGUACUCCCGGUACACUGGGUACUCCUGGUACCCCUGGCACUUCUGGUUUGCCUGAUAUUCCAGGAAUCCCUGGCCUACCAGGAGAACCUGGUACUCCUGGCGUUCCUGGUACUCCUGGAACCCCUAGUACUUCUGAUACUACUGGGGCUGCUGACACUCCUGGAUCCCCUGGAACUCCUGGCACUCCGGGCUCUCCUGGAACCCCUGGUACACCUGGAACACCUGCCCAUCCUGGCAGUCCUGGGACUCCUGGUACUAUCGGUACACCGGGUACUCCUGGUACCCCUGGCACUCCUGGUUCGCCUGGUAAACCAGGAACCCCUGGCAUACCAGGAGACAUUGGUACUCCUGGCAUUCCUGGUCUUCCUGGAACCCCUGGUACUCCUGACACUUCUGGAACACCUGGCACUCCAGAAUCUCCUGGCACGCCCGAAGCUCCUAUCCCUCCUCCCGUAUCGCCUGGUACUCCAGGGACUGCUGGAACGCCUGGAACUCCAGUACUUGGAAGUCCUGGCACACCAGGAAAACCUGGUACUCCUGGAGUUCCAGGCCGUCCUGGAAUUCCUGGUAGACCUGGAGUACCUGCCCAUCCUGGCACUCCUGGGACCCCUGGUACUCCCGGUACACCGGGUACUCCCGGUACACCCGGUACACCGGGUACUCCUGGUACCCCUGGCACUCCUAGUUCGCCUGGUGUUCCAGGAACCCCUGGCAUACCAGGACAAAUUGGUACUCCUGGCACUGAUGGUACUCCUGGAACCCCUGGUGCUCCUGCCACUUCUGGUACUCCUGAAACCCCUGGUACACCCGAAAUUCCUGGUACACCUGAUACACCAGGUACGCCUGGCACUCCUGACACACCUGAUACACCAGGCACUCCUGGCACUCCUGGCACACCUGGCACUCCUGGCACGCCUGGCACACCUUCAGAAACUCCAGGAACUACAAGACCGCAAGGAACUUGUACACAAGAAGGAUUCUUCCCCGAUCCUAAGGACUGCCGGAGAUUUUAUCGCUGCGUUGGAAGUGGUUCAAAGUUUACGAAGUACGAAUUCCAAUGUGGUACUGGUACUGCAUGGGAUUCGGCACUUCAGAGCUGUAAUCACGAGCAUCUUGUUCCUAAUUGUCAAGGUGGAACCAGUCCCCCUGAUUCUUCAGACAACAAAGUUCCAGACGAAUCAAACAAUGAAACCGGUGGCGUCACUGAUAAGCCAGGUACAUCUGAAAGUGAAACAAGUAAUCCCCCGCCGGUAUCAUCGUCAAGUGUUGCACCAUCAUCAACUAGUUCCACUACUCCAUCAACUAGCACAUCAUCAAGCGUCUCAACAACAUCUGUGUCAACCAUUACCUCAUCUAAUCGUCCAUCCACUAGUGGUUCGACAUCACAAUCCACAUCUUCCACUUCUACAAUUCAACCAAGCACAACUAGUCCUCAGUAUACACUUUCAGAUUCCACGGAAUCUGUCUCUUCCUUGCCUCCUUCAACUUCCACUGUGUCUAACGUUGAUACUACAACGAUUAACUCGUCUUCUGGAACGUCAGAAUGUACUGAAGAAGGAUUCUUCCCUAACCCUCAGGAUUGUCGAAAAUUUUAUCGUUGCGUUGGUAGUGGUUCUAUGUUCACUAAAUACGAAUUCCAAUGCGGUACUGGAACUGUAUGGGACCAAACCAUUCAAAGCUGUAAUCACGAGUAUGCUGUUCCUAAUUGUAAGGAUGGAUCUGGUUCAUCAGCUUCUUCAAACGGCACCAAACCAGAUUCAUCCACUGACGAAGUAAGUAACACUACUAACCAACCAGAAGCAUCACAGACACAAACAAGUGCACCAUCAAGUAGUCAAGCACCUUCUUCAUCUACUAAACCUGCACCUACCGUCACAACGUCAAGCACGCCAUCGAGUUCUACAUCAACCGAAUCAUCAUCAACAUCUGUGUCGUCAACUGUGUCAUCGACUAGUACAUCAACGUCACAGUCCCCUGCCACGUCAGCAACUGAAACCAGUUCAGUCAGUUCUCAGUCUACAUCUUCAGAUGUUACAGAAUCUGUCCCAGUAGGCAGUAUCGCGUCCGACGUACCAGCAUCUACAGCACCCAGUGCAUCUCCAGGAACAUCAGAAUGCACGCAAGAAGGUUUCUUCCCAAAUCCAGCCGACUGUAGAAAGUUCUACCGUUGCGUGGCUUCUGGGAAUCAGUUCCAAAGAUACGAUUUUGUAUGUCCAUCGGGUACAGCUUGGGAUUCGUCCGUCGACACUUGCAACUACAUCAGUCAAGUAGCUUCCUGUUCGACUGAAAUUAACGAGAUCGACCAUGGUGAUCAAGGAUCCACGGGUAGUACUUCAACAACUGGUUCAACGACAACUGUUAGUUCUACUUCGGGAGCUGGCACUACAUCUGCAUCUGAUACUGAUGAAACUGAAUCAACAACUUCAUCUUCAACGGGUGCAACUGCAAGCAGUUCAUCGAAACCUUCUGAAAUUCAGGAACCUUCAAGCACCGAAAGUUCGUCUACUUCGUCAACCUCACAGUCGUCUUCCACUUCCUCAACUUCACAAUCAUCUUCCACUGAAUCCGGCGUUCCAGACUGCACCACGAAGAAGCCUAAUAAUACUAUAGUCUGCAACAGCGAAGGCUUCUAUCCACAUCCAACACAGUGCGAUAAAUUUUAUCGUUGCGUUGACAAUGGGAAAGGAUUCAACGUGUACCAUUUCAACUGUGGACCUGGAACCAUAUUCGACCCCAGCAUUGAUGUAUGCAAUUAUCCUGAGUCGAUCUAUCCUGCAAGAGAUUGUAUGACGCCCACGUCCGGUACGUCAGAAGAUUCUACCACAGAACAAAUAUCGUCCACUACUGAAAGCAGUGCAGAAUCCACGACAGAGUCUAGGGGAACUGAGGGUACUACUGAAUCUACAUCAACGUCAGCCUCGAUGGAAACGACAACUUCUACGGAACCUGUAUCAGAACCGACCGAGUCUACUCAGACUACUGCCUUGACUACUGAAGCAGCUACUACAGAAUCUACGUCUGAACCAACUACAGAAUCCACUUCUGAACCUACGUCUGAAGCAACUACAGAAUCCACUUCUGAACCCACGUCUGAAGCAACUACAGAGUCUACGUCUGAAGCAACUACAGAAUCCACUUCUGAACCUACUUCUGAAGCAACUACAGAGUCCACUUCUGAAUCAACUUCAGAGCCUACGUCUGAAGCAAGUACAGAGUCCACUUCUGUAGCAACUACAGAAUCUACAUCAGAACCAAGUACAGAUUCUACAACUGAAUCUACAUCCGCAGCAACAACAGAGUCCACUUCUGAAGCGACUACAGAAUCUACAUCCACAGUGACAACAGAAUCUACUUCCGAAGGAACCAGUGAAAGUAGUACAAUCCCAAGCUCGGAACAGACUACGGAAAUAACAACAUCGACAACCGAAUCCAGCACGGAAUCCAGCACAGAUUCUUCCGUUUCGACGCCUUGCCCAAUUGGAAACUUGACCGACGAACAAAUCGUGUUGGCUUGUCCAACUGGUUUCCGAAGACAUCCAAAGUAUUGUAAUUUGUUCUAUCAAUGCACCAGUGAAGGUAGCAUGGAGAUCAAAGUACUCGUGUUGAGCUGUCCGGAGGGUACUGUCUUUGAUGAACAAAAAAUACAAUGUUUGCCUGAAGAGAAGAGUAGCCAGGCUUGUACGACUCCCAAAGCUAGUGGAAGAUUUUAUAGAGGAUUAGAGGACAGUCCUGUAUCUCCUGUGAAAGUAUCAACUGAUCAACUCUGCCCAGGAGAAGGACACUUUCCUUAUAGACAAGGUUGUAGCUCGGCGUUCUAUAAAUGCAGACGAGACUCUAGAAAUAAUAUUCAAGGAUAUCUGUACAAGUGUCCGCAAGACUUUAUAUACUGGUCGGUGUCGAGAAGGUGCGAGCGUGCAACACGAUUACCCAUGUGCGCGCAUUUAGCGUACAGAACGAAGAGCGAAUACUGGGACAAUAGAUGGCAGAUACCAGUAGAAAACUAUAAUCUGUCUGCUAGAAAUCUGCGUUUCCUUUAAAUCGUUACUACCUUCGUCGCGAAGAACGAAACAUUAGAAAGAAUCUUUAAAUGAUAGAGAAUACAUAAAUCUUUGUACAACAUGGCUGCGGAAGAUCCCACAAAAAUACUGUACAGAUCUUCAGCAGUCAUCUUGUUAUUAUGUGUAAUUAAUUGAAAGGCGAUCAGUGGUUUUUGAAUCACUGAUCUCUUGGUCUUUAUCUAAUUACAAAAAAAAAUGAUAAUCGUUUGCUAGUAAUUGUAGACGAAUAUAAUUGAUGUUUUUCUACGAUUUUUCUCAUGCGUGGUAGUAAAAUCGUUGGAAAACCAUGUAUCGCGAAUGUUGGGGAUUUUUGGUUGUGGGAACCGUAAGCAAUAUUAGACUGUAUUCAGUAAUUUAUAUCAUGUAUUUAUUAGGUUGAUCAUUCUUUUGCGUAUGCGUGUUCAUGUUUCUAAAGUAUCUUGUUUUAAAACAUUAUUUUUAUAUCCUGAAUUUUAGUGCACGUAUGAAAUUUGACAAACAGGAAUGAAGGGAGGAAUGAUUAUAGAUUAGAAAGUUUAACGCCAAUUCUAUUGCAUUUAUUUCGCGGAUUUAAUAGUGCUUAGCACUAUCUUCUGAAUACAGUACAAAUCAAUAACCUUGAGAAGAUAUUCUUGUACAUAAUUACGUCUUAAUUACUUUAAUCGGUGCUUCCUUUAUGUAAAACAUUAUUCAUUGUCCUUAGUUUCUCUUCUCGAUUCUAAGGUAUCUUUAAAAGGAAGCUAUAUACAUUUAAGACCUUUUCCAUAAUAUAGUAUAGUUAUGGAAUAUUACUAGUUUAGUUAUCGACCGUAUAUAAAUACUGAGCGUAUUUGUACUAGAUCUCUGUGAAAAUUUACAUUAAUAAACAAUGAGAUCUUCCGUGGAAA